AAUGGGAUUUCGGUGGGUCAAAUGAGGGCGGAAUGAACCAACAACAAAUCUACACUCUUUCAGAGUCGGUCUAACGAACGAACCCAACCCUAGCUAGCAGCAAUUUUGCCUUUCUCUUUCUCUCUCUCUUUGGUCUGAGUCCUGAUGAGUCCCUGACCUAGUGUUGUUCGCCAUUGCCGAUAAACUUUGGAAAUGAUAUGAGCUUCCAUGAGAGCUCCAGAGGUUUAGGUCGAAAACGACCACUAGAGUUCGGAAAUAAUGCGAUUGUUGAUCUCCAAUCAUUGGAGAGGAAACCUUUUCCGAAAUCUUGAUUCUGUUGUCCAGAUAUCGCCGAGGAAGCUUAAGGUUCUAUCUGGCAUUUCCUUCUUCCACGUCCACGCUGACAUUUCUUUCUCCAAUACUUCCUAUAGCUCUUCUGACGUUUGGUUCGUCAAGGUGGUCUGCACAAUCUGUUCUCGUCCUCUUACAAAAUCCCUAGAUAGUUUUCGUUGCGAUUAUCUAAGCAGAAACUUGAACUCUUCGGUCGCAUUUGAGGUUGUCGAUGGUUUGAUCAAUUAUCAUCGGAGCCCCCAGUUAGCUUUUGAGUUCUUUGACUUCACCAAGAGGAAGUUGAAUCUUGUUCAUUCAUUGAUGACUUAUCAUUUGCUUAUUAAGUCUCUUUGUCAAAUGUCUCUUCUUGAUUCUGUUCAAUUAAUUAUUCAUUACAUGAGACUAGAUGGUUAUUCACCUGAUAGUUUGACAUUAGGGUUAUUAAUAUCAUCAUUUCUGAAUGCUGGUAUGUUGCACACUGCUAAAGACUUGCUUAUCAAAGCAGCCCAAUUUGGCGAUGCAGAGAUUAGACCUGUAGUAUAUAAUAAUCUGCUGAGUGCAAUGGUGAAGAAAAACCUUGUUGAUGAGUCUGUUCAGUUCUUUGUAGAGCACAUCUUAAACUCAGAAUCCUUUUAUCCAGAUUCUUGUUCUUUCAAUAUAGUGAUUCAAGGUCUAUGUAAAACAGGAGAAGUUGAAAAAGCUUUUCAAUUCUUCAAUGACAUGAAGAGAUUUGGUUGUUCCCCAGAUGAUAGAACGUUCAACAUUCUCAUAAAUGGAUUUUGUGUGUUGAAUCUUGUGGAUAAAGCUCAUACAUUGUUGACAGAAAUGCAAUCGGGAACUUUGUCGGUUUCUCCUGAUGCAGUUAGUUAUUCUUCAUUGAUAGCAGGUUAUUGCAGGUUACGCAAAAUGGAUGUUGCCUCCAAUAUCUUUGAAGAAAUGAUAUGUUCUGGAGUUAAACCGAGCUUAAUAACUUUCAACAUUCUCAUAAGUGGGUUCAGCAAGAAAGGGGAAAUGUCAAAUGCCUUGCGGAUUUACGAAAGGAUGCUUUUCCUGGGCUGCUUCCCCGAUGUUGUGACCUUCACAUCUUUAAUAGACGGUCACUGUCGAUCUGGGAAGAUAGAUUUGGGAAAGAAGGUUUGGGAUGAAAUGAAAGCAAGAAGGUUGUAUCCAAAUGCAUAUACUUUUUCGAUAAUUAUAAAUGCUUUGUGUAGGGGGAAUAGACUAAACGAGGCUCGUGAUAUACUAAAAGAAUUAAGGGAUAGAAAGGAUAUUGUUGCAAAGCCUUUCAUUUAUAAUCCUGUUAUUGAUGGUUUUUGUAAGGCUGGGAAUGUAGAUGAGGCGAAUGUGAUUGUGGCCGAAAUGGAAGAGAAUAGAUGUAAACCUGAUAAACUAACAUUCACUAUUCUUAUUAUUGGGCAUUGUGUUAAAGGAAGAAUGUUUGAAGCAAUUGAGAUUUACAACAGAAUGCUGGCAAUUGGCUGCACGCCUGAUAAAGUUACUGUAAAUAGUUUGACAUCUUUGCUUUUCAAGGCUGGAAAGCCUAACGAAGCAUUCAAAAUAAUGCAAGAUCGGAACCUGGGAGGAACAUCUUCUUCUAUGAACAGAGUCGGUUUGCUGAAUACAAACACAAAUAUUCCCGUUGCUGUUUAAUCAAAUGACGAUUUCUUGAAUUUGUCAAGUUCUCCCUUCAAGAUCAGGCAAUCCCGAGGAUUCUUGCUUUACCAUAUGAGAAGUGCUCUGCUCUGAUUGAUAUGUUCCAUCAGCUUCUGGCAGAAAAAAGGAUAUCAAGCAUAUUUGGGAUGUUUUUGAGGAAGAUGGAAGCAAAUCAUCAGACAGUGGUAUGGUAUUUACCUUAAAAUCUGAUUGAGUAAGAGAAGUAAAUGUUACGACCGGUCAUGUUGCGAUUCUCUAGGAUAACAUUAGGACAAGAUUAAGUUGGUACGAAAGUAGAGAAAGAGGCAGUUCUUUGAGACCAAAUUGUUUUUGGUCUGGAACAUGGUUUUUGAGAAUUGUAAUGAGAAAUUUGUCAUGAAAUACACAUAACAGUUUGGGGGUUUACAAAUUAGGUUAGGUUUUUUGUAGCAUUGAGCCCAUUUCACCACCCUCUCUCUUUUGGGAGGAGAAAGAAAUUAAAGGCAGAGUGAAUACAAUAGAUGCAAGUUCUUUAAGGAAUAAUAUAUAUAUUUAUGCAAUUGGUUUUGUGUUUU